CAUGGCGACGGUUACGGUUCGGAAUUCAGCGCUGUGUGUUGUUUCUUUAUUAAACUUUAUUUUCGUGUUCCUGACCGGAGCGGAUUUUGUCCGGUUUGUGUCGUUUCGCCCCAUUUAUCACAAUAUAACCGGCGGGGCGCCGUUGUGCCGAGACGGUGUGACGUGGUCGGCGGCUCUGAGGGAUCCCGCGGUACUGAGGGCUCUGGCCGUGGAUGUAUCGCUGCUGCUGGUGUUCAGUCUACAACACAGCGUGCUGGCAUGGGCGCCCAUCAAAUCAGCACUGCAGUCGGUACUGGGAGUGUUAAACCGAGCGGCGUACUGCUUCACCACUGCACUGGCACUGCAGGCGCUGAUGCAUUACUGGCAGCCAGUGACCAGCGCCCCCUGUCUGUGGUCGGUGCGCAGUGCACCAUGGGAUAUCUGGUUCCCCCUUAUCUGCUUCAUUGUGCAUUUUCUGUGCUGGGCUCUGAUCUGCAGCAUCCUGCUCAUCUUCGACUAUCCGGAACUGCUGGGUCUCAAACAGGUGUACUACGAGUGUUUGGGUUUGGCCGACCCCCUCUCCCUGAAGUCGACCCGCGCCCAGCGCCUGUACGCUCACCUGCGCCACCCGGUGUGCGUGGAGCUGCUGCUGGUGCUGUGGCUGGUACCCACCCUGACCCUGGACAGGUGUGUGUUCGGGGCCUUUCUCACCCUCUACCUGGCCACGGCUCACUCCCUGGAUACGGAGGACUACGUCUACCUGAGUGCUCAGCUCCGCAGCAAACUGCAGCACUUCUCCACACCAGCGGGGGGCGGCGACACCCACAACAACAACACCGAGAAGGACGGGCAGCGUAAACUCGACUGAGCCGAGCGUUCCGGUACCGAUCGGACACAGCCUCAUCGACUCCCCCUCACCUACAGGCCUGAUCGGUACAGGUCGUGUUCACACCCCACUGUUCCCUCUUGUAACUAGAGAGUGAGGGCGGGGCCGUUUUAAUACAGUAUUAACAAAACAAACUAAA